AUGGAAGAGUUUAGGGUUUCACACGAAUGUUCAUCCAUUUCGUUGGAUUCAAGAUGCGUUAAGGCAGUGCGUUGCCUUGUAGAAGAAGUUAUCGAUAUCGGUGGUAGAGAAGUUGACCUUUGCAACGACAUUCUUAUCCAACAAUUGUUUCCAGGAAGGAGAAGAUCCGGUUUUGGUUUGUCCUCUGAAAUCAAAUCCGAACUAUGUAAGUCAGGUUUCAUGUCUUUGCCUGAGAAUCAUGAGCUACAUAUCAAAAUCACCAAGCUUCUCGGUUUGUUGCAACAGGUAGAGGAAAGAUUUGACAAGUAUUGCAAUGAAAUGGAGCAAGUGAUUACAUCAUUUGAGGAAAUAGCAGGAGAAGGAUCAUCCAAAGUAUACACCGGUUUAGCUCUUCAAGCCAUGACUCGACAUUUCGGUUGUCUCCAAGAAGCUAUAAUCUCUCAGAUCAACUCUCUUCGUAGAAGACUCACCAUCUCUCAAGAUGUUCCCAAGAUCAUCAGCUCUGGUUUAUCACAGCUCAGCUUGUUCGAGAGGAACACUUCAUCAUCGCUUCAACGUCUAGGUUUGGUUCAAGGACCACAAAGACAUGCUUGGAAACCAAUCAGAGGCUUGCCUGAAACUUCCGUUGCGAUUCUUCGAGCUUGGCUCUUUCAACAUUUCUUGCAUCCAUAUCCGAAUGACGAGGAGAAGUUGAUGUUGGCGUCUCAAACAGGGCUUUCCAAGAACCAAGUAUCGAAUUGGUUUAUAAAUGCUCGAGUUCGACUCUGGAAACCGAUGAUUGAAGAGAUGUACAGAGAAGAGUUUGGAGAUUCCUCUGAUGAAUCAAUGCAGAGAGAAGCUAAUGAUGAUUCAAACUGA